AUGGUGUUGCUGCGCGUCCCCGAGGUGUCGCUGAGCUCCCUAGCCGGGUUCACCGUGACACUUCUGUUCGUCUCGCUUGCUCUGCGUGUCGUCUACAACCUUUACCUGCAUCCUCUCUCCAGAUUUCACGGCCCUUGGUACGCCGCGUCGUUCUCGAUAUGCUCCGCAAUCAUAUCCAACCUCAAGCUCGAACCGCAAUGGUUGUUGUUCCUGGCCAAGCGUUAUGGCACCGAUAAGCCGAUCCGGAUUGCUCCUUCACUCUUGCUUUUCCCUCAAGCUGCGGCGCUCAAGGACAUCUACUGGGAUCCAAAGUGCAACACCAAGGGACCGCUGUACGGGACCGGGGCACUUGGCCCGCCGCAGAUUUUCUCUACCAUCGACGGGAAUGACCACAGAGCCUUGAGGAAAGCUCUGGGUGGACCACAGUGGUCCGUUGGGGCACUGAAGAACAACUGGGAGGCACGGAUCGACGACCACGUCAAUCUGUUCGUCCGCAGAAUGAGCGAGUAUGCCGAGAAGAAGCAGCCCGUGAUACUCUCCGACAAAGCGGCCGAGUUCGCCGCCGACAUCAUGGCCCUCGUGUCCUUCUCGACCCCCUGGGGGUUCGUCGCCAACAGCCGAGACGAGCGCAAGAUCCUCAAGAGCUGGCGCGACGGGCUGCCCUUCUUCGGUUUCGUCGGCCGCUUCCGCUGGUUCCGCGACGUGGUGAUGAACACGCCGUGGGGCGUCUACUUCCUCCCCAGCACGGCCGACGACUCGGGCAUGGGGUACCUGAUGAAGCAGGCCGACAGGGAGGUGUCGGAGAGGGAGCGGCGCAUCCUCGAAGAGGGCUACGUCCAGGAGAAGCCCGAUUAUCUGCAAUUUUGCCUCGAGGCCCGGAUGGACGGCGAGCCCCUGACGCCGGCGCAGAAACGAGCGCACGUCACGCUGCUCAUCCAAGCCGGCGCCGACACGACGGGCACGGCGCUCGGCAGCACGCUGCGCUUCCUCCUGACGCACGAACGGGCACUCUCACGCGCGCGCGCCGAGCUGGCCGCCGCCGCCGCCGCGGACCGCCUCAGCACGCCGAUCCAGUACGAGGAGACGCGCGGCCACCUCCCCUUCUUCGCAGCGUGCAUCAAGGAGUCGCUGCGGCUGAACCCGCCGGCGCCGAACCUCUUUGCGCGGGUGGCGCCGUCGCCGGGCGGCAAGGUCGUGGACGGGACGUGGGUGCCGCCCGGCGCGGAGAUGACGAGCAACGCCAACGUUGUGCAGCGCGAUCCGCGGCUGUACGCGCCGGACCCGGAGGCAUUCCGGCCGGAGCGGUGGUUGGGGGAGGAGGAUGGCGGCGAUGCCUCGAAAGAGGUGAUUGGCGAGAUGGAUGCUUGCGCUUUUGUGUUCGGCAUCGGGCCGCGGGUGUGCUUGGGCAAGGACGUGGCCAUCAUGGAGUUGUACAAGCUGGUCCCGGAAAUUGUCCGCCGGUUCGACUUUGAAGUGAUCCGCGAAGGGAAAUAUGUCGUUGCUGGGGGCGUGGCGUACAACGAGGGGUUCGAGGUUCAACUUCGGUUGAGGGACAAUGAGAGUGAAGGCUGAGGACUUGUAGCAAACCUAAACAAAGGGUCUAGGCUAUGUAUGGGAAUCUCUUUGAUACGCUGGUUUCUUACUUCUGAGGUUUGAUAUGAGCAGAGAACUAGACGAAAUACAUCCA